UUGCACAGCUGCGUAAGAACUUCGUCAACCUCGAAGCCAAGGUCACUGCCAUCGGGGUCUCCCUGCCCGACAGAAUGGAGAGCGUUGAAACCGAGCUGACAAAUAACUACUUUCGCAUCGAAAUGCUGGAACACAUUUGCGAGGUGCUGGAGAAGCGAUCAGGCUACAGCAUGGAAGAGAUCAAGGUUUACUUGAAGGGCGACUUCAAAGGCAUUCGGUUCGCCGAGUAUGCUUCCGCUACCUCUCGUGAUCGGACUGUCGAUGAACAACGUGGAGCCGCCCUGCCGGCAGGAGACAAAAAGGCGUGCGCCGGUCAGGAUGGGCCCUCGCCCGAUCGUGCCGUUCGCAAUUUUCAAAUCGGCUUGAAGCGCAUUUUCAAGAACUGCUGGAAGAUUCCUCACGGUGCCCAGAUUUCAGACGAGGCCCCCUACAAGAUGACCGUCGGUGGGGAGGACUCCAUUACGGUGCGCGUCGAGGGGAGCGACGUCAGGCAUGAGUGGCACGGAGAAAGGAGGACGUGGGGCCAGCUCCACGACAAUCCGAAGGUGGAGGAGCUCAUACAGAAGAGCGCUGACAUGUUGUCGCGUGCGGGGCAUGGCAUGAAUGGCCGUGGGGGCGUGGCAAAGGGGGGGCGCCAAUGGGGGCUAG